AUGUCGCAAACUGUCGGCCUGACCCGACUCUCCUACUCCCGGGUAUGGCACCAUGUCUCUGCUGCGGCCCCCCACGAGACUCUCUCCACGCAGCCCGGCGUCACACCCCCUUCCCUCGGCCGCCUGGCCAGUCGCAUCGCCGUGCUGCUGAUGGGCAAGCACAAGCCGACCUGGGACCCGUCAACGGACUGCGGCGACUACGUCGUCGUGACCGACUGCGCGGCCCUGCACGUCACGGGACGUAAGAAGUGGCAGAAGACGUACUACCGACACAACACCCGCCCGGGAUCCCUGCGGCAGGUGACGAUGGACGUGCUGAUGGAGAAGCACGGUGGUGCCGAGGUUCUGCGCAAGGCGGUUAGCGGAAUGCUGCCCAAGAACAGGCUCCGUGACAAGAGGCUGGCGAGGCUCAAGGCCUUUGAGGGAGAGGCGCACCCGUACAAGCAGAACAUUAUCCGGUUCGGUGACGUUCCUGUUGGUCAGCACGGGUGGGAGGAGCAAGUUCAAGCCAUUAGGGAAGCAGGCUCGAAGAGGAUAUAA